AUGGUAUUCGUACAGGUAGAACAAGCUUUUGCUAACUCAUUAAAUAAAUUAUAUGAACAAGACGAAGGAAAAAAUCAAAAUGAAUCUCAACAAAUAUUCCCUUUAAAAUGUGACAAUAAAACAAGAACUCUGUCAAUCAUACAUAACGAUGAGAUAACCAAUCUGGAUUGUUUCUUUUAUUUGUGGAAUCUUUUCAAUGUAACACCAGUCGAUUCUGAUAUUAUCUCUGUUGGACCUGUUGUAAUGGAUAAAUGCUGCUUAUUUCAAUAUUUUAGUCAGGAGAAAUGUUGUUAUGUUUGGUUUACGAAACAUCCACCUUAUAUUGACAAUCGAAAUAUCAGCUCGUUGAUACUACUCUUAGAAACAUUCAUUGGGCACAUCUUUCAAUCAAAUCUAGAAGUUCAUUAUAUGGAAUCAUUAUCCUGUCUCAUUCUUUUAUCAUGGUGGAAUAUCGCUUUCGGGCAUUCGGAAUCUUAUCAAAUCAUAGCUUAUGAAUUAUAUAAUGUAUGGAUUCGUUUGAUUCCUCAAAUUGUUGAAAACGCAUCAUUGAUUAUUGAUCAAUUCUCUAGUUAUCCUGAACAUUUAAACUUAUUUAUCAUAAAUCUUUUACGUAUCUACGUGGAUCAUAAUUUCCAAAAGGAAAAUGUAUGGAAGCUUUCUAAAGAUACCGCUUCUCAAAUGACUGGUAUUCAUGCAUCUGUAAAUAUGCAUGGUUUAAUUGGAAUUUAUCGUAAAUCUAUUGAACAGUUGAAUAUUAAUAAUACAAAAAGUCUUUCAACUAUAAAUACGCUAAGUCAAACUGUUUCUAUCAAUACUACCUGCUUAGCCAUUGUGGAGAUCUUAAAGAGACUUGUACGCUUAGGUUUAGCUGACUGUUUGAAACAAAAUCCUGAUUUACCUAUUAUGUCAUUUGCUGACAAACAGAUUAUCGAACGUUUCAAUAUGGUUCGAGAUUAUUUACUUGUUCGAGCUUCUCGUUUAUUAGCUUAUGAGUUAGAGUCUAAUGUGAAUUGUAACUAUUUACCAAAACAAUUCACAUGUUUGGUACAUGUCACUGCACCGAAACAUUUAAUUUCUGAAUUGUUAAAUAUUUCACUAUGUAAAUCUGAAAAAAUUUAUCAUAGUAAAAAUCCUCAUAUUGAUUUGAUUUCUUGGACAUUGGAACAAAAGCUGAAUGUUACUGACUAUGCAUUCUGGUGUGUUACGUCCAUUGAUGUUAAGGAUAUUGAAGCUAUAAAUUACUUAUUGUCUCGUUUACUUCCGCAUGCUAAACUCUUAGCCAAAGAUCAUCUAUUCUGUUAUUCACUUAUACUGCAUCUUGAUCGUGUUCGUAAAGCUGCACUACCAGAUAAUGAACAUAUUAAGCUUCUUCGUUCUGUAUUUGAACAUCUGUCAAUAUCAAGUAAAUGUGAUCUAUUAACAACACUUCAAUCAUCAUUGAAAAAUUCUAAUCGAUCAACUCCAUUGCCUAAUUCAACUGUACACUUUCAAAACACUUUCAUUUAUCUUAAUUCUGUCCAGUUUCUUCUAGAUUGUGAAUUGUUGUUAUUCACUAAUCCAGUGAGAUUUUUAGUCGAAUUAAUUCGUCUACCAGUCAAUCGUAAAUGUCCCCAUUCACUAAUUGCAGUUCAUCAACUUCUUGAUCAAUUAUUGUAUGUAUUUCAAAUUCCGAUUAAUUUUUCUACUGGAACAAAAUUUCUACCUGAAACGAACAAUGAUAAAUUUACGACGACUUUAUCUGAACAACAAAUUGUGCAUAGUACAAUUUUUCAAGAAUUAAUUUUAAUCGAUUGGUCAAAUCGUAAAUCAUAUUUAGACAUUUCAUUAUUUGGCCAUGAAGAUCUUUAUAAUGAAUUAAAUAAUGGAAAUUUAUUCAAUGUAAAUUUCCAAUAUGAAGAGGAAAAGAAUAGAAGCGACUUAUUAAACAAUAAUAAACUAUACCAAUUUAAUAUGUCUGAAGAAGUAUGGUCAAGUUCUAAAUUAUCAGAAAACCCUCUAUUGAAUACUAUCGUUUAUUUAUUUAAAAAGCCAAAUUGUUUCAUCCAAAUAAACAACAUUAUGAAGUAUUUCUUAACACUUGUAGAAAACAAUAUCAUGAAUAAAUCAUCUUCUCAUAUUGAUCAUUUAACGUCUACAACUCAUACUACUAUCAAUACUACUACUACUAAUAUAAUUGAUAAACAGCAUACUUCUAUUCAACAUAUACAUAUUCGAUUAUUUAUUCAUAUAUUAUUUUUACUUACAAAAGAUACAUCUAUUAUUCAACUUUUAAAUAAAAUUAAUUUAAAUGAAUUCAUGGAACAAAUUAUUCAAUUGUUCAAUAUUCUAUUUUUAAAUCAAGUGAACAUUAAUAAUAAUAAUAAUAAUACAAUUUGUCACUAUCUUAUUUCAAAUGAAAUUGACAUUAUAGUAUUUGAAUUAAUUCAUUAUUGUUGUUUUUAUCAAGAUAAUAAACAAUUAAAACAAUUAGAACAAUUAAAACAAAUUAAAAAUAAUCUUUUAUUAAUUUAUAAAUUAAAACAAACGAUUCAAAAUUCAAUGAAUAUAUAUAAUUGGUAUAAACAAAGAUGUUUAUAUUUGUUUAAUAUUAUAUUUAGGUCAUCAAUUGAAUCAUUAAAAACUAAUCUCAUGCCUAACUCUCCUCAUCUUUUAUCUGGACUUGAGACUGACAGUAACUCUAGAGGAUCUCCAAAUGAAGUUAUUAAUCAAUUAGAUAAUAUUAAUAAAGAGGAUAAUAAUGAUAAUAUUAAUGAAUAUUUGAAAGAGAUUCAACAAUUGAAAGAUAAAAUUUUAGAUUUAUCCAUUGAAAUAAAUGAAAUGCAAAUGAAUUCAUUGAAAUAUUUAAUGGAUAUUAAUUUAUUUUAUGAAAAUACUCGCAUACAAUUCAAAGCUAUUCCCGUUGUUCCAUCAUUAACAGAACAAACAGAAGGUUUCAAUUCACUGUUAUCUUCAAAUACAGUGGUUAGAGAAAAUUAUAUAAAAAGUCAAAUGGUGAUAUCACCACGUUUACUAUAUUUCAUUUUUGAGCUAGCCACUGUUUCUAAUACAUUAUGCAGUGAAGUAUUAAAAUCAGUCGUAAAUCAGUCAUUGAAAUUUAAUGGUCAGUUACGGGAUCACAUAUCAAAAAUUAGUUCUGGUCAUUUGUUAAUUGCUAUUCAAUUGUUUCUUAGGAAAAUUGCCAAAUCAAGACAGUGGAAAUGUUGGGGACGAUUAUACUUUCUAUUGUAUAAAUUACUCAAAGCUGGUGUAUUAGUUUAUCCUGUACCGAACUUAAUUAGUGACUGUCAAGAGACAAAUGAUAAUACGCCUUCAAGAUUAUUCUACUUAUUGGAUUGGAGUAAACUUUGUGGUUCAUUCGAUCUCUUAACAUUAACAUCAGAUCUAUUCAAUUUAUGGUGUAUGUCAUUGGAAAUCCCAUAUAGUCAAUUAUUAAAUCCUUUUCAAUCCUCCAAUCAUCUCUCUCAUGAUACCAGCAACAAACUAUAUCAUCGAAAUACUGAAUUUUACAUUCUUUGCCAUUCAUUAUGUGAUUUAGUCUCGUAUUUAUCCUCAGUCAUUUCUUUAAAUUCAAAUAAAAACAUUAACCAGAUUUGUAAUAAUGAUAACAAUAACAAUAAUGACUGUGAUACUGUAAAUAGUGAUGAUGAUAUUAUCUCUUCAUUAAAAACUAAUCAAUCUAUACAAUAUAGUAAACAAUUAACUAUCAAUUUACUUGAUCAAUUAUCAAAUCGUUUGUCGAAUAAUCUGAUCUCGAACUUAUUAAUCAAAUCAAAUUCACAAUUGAAUGUUUCAAAUGAAUUGAAUCGACUGAAACAGACAAUUUUAUUGGUAAAAGAUUUAAACAAAACUUAA